GAAGCCCAGCAGACAUAAGAUGUACAUUGUUUAUGAUAAUGAAGGGGACACAACAGAAUUGGAGAUUUUUGGUGACGAUUUGUCUGAUGCAGAACUUGACCAGUCUGUCCACACCGAACCUGAAGUAACAAGUGACUUUAGGGACAAAAAUGAUAAUGUGUAUAAACAUGGCUAUACAUUGCCUAGAUUGAUUCAUUGUGUGGAAUGUAGCCAGCUGUUUCGUACCUACGUCCCAAAUACAGACUGUUUAUUACCUGAUGGGAAUCUAGUAUAUUGUAAAGAAAGUCAGACUAUUUGUCCUGAGUGUAGUGGUGGAUCCUUUUUGAGCAUUAAUGAAGAUCUCUUUCCUCAUCUUGCUCAAUUGAAAAAAGACUGAGACUCAUGUAAUCAUGCAGUAACAUUAACUUUCAUUUCAUUUAUUCAUGUUAUCAUUUAUCACCUUUUUGCCAUUAUUAUGGCUCAUUUAUGACUAUCAUUUAUUCAUGU